AUGAGUGGAGGAUGGAAGGAGGGAGCGAGGGAGGGAGGAAAGCAUGAGGGGGCGAAGGCGCCGGGAGGCGUCGCGUGGCGCCGGCGCUUUGGCGGGGAGACGCGCGUCGUUUUGCGUGGGAACCAGGCGCGGCGCAUCUGGUUCACUGGUUGCAGUCCUGUGACGGGCGGUUCGGCCGAGCCUAUCAGCUCAGCUUCGAUGUCUUGUAGCGUCACAGAGCGGGUGACAGAGAACAGGGGACAAACUACUACAAGUUCUACAAGCACGAGUAGCACUACGGCGGCAGUAUGUAGAUUGCGCGGUACUAGCAAUUCAAAUUUAACAACGUCUCCAAAUUUAAGACCAGGUCCACCUCAAAACGGACCACAAAAUGCACCACAGGGCACGCCAUUACGACCGAAACCUUGUUGUUUGUGGUGUUGUUGUUGUAAAUGCCCAUGUUCAAACCCGAAUAAUCGAACAAAUGGAGGAAAUGGACCUUCUAAGCCACCCAAUGAUAAGGAAAAAUGUGAAUCUACUCCACCGCCCACUUUAGAAGAGAUUAAAAGUUGGGGCAGAUCAUUUGAUAAAUUGAUGAGAAAUCCUGCUGGUAGAGAUAUUUUUCGAGACUUCCUUAGAGGCGAAUACUCGGAAGAAAAUAUAUUAUUUUGGCUUGCUUGUGAGGAACUUAAACGUGAAACCAACUCGGAAGUAAUUGAAGAGAAGGCUAGAACAAUAUAUGAGGAUUAUAUUUCAAUUCUAUCGCCGAAAGAAGUAUCUUUGGAUUCGCGUGUUCGAGAAAUAGUGAAUCGGAAUAUGGUUGAACCAACGCCGGAAACGUUCGAAGAAGCGCAGCUACAAAUCUAUACCUUAAUGCAUCGGGACAGUUAUCCGCGUUUUGUGAAUUCCCCCAUGUAUCGUGCUUUAUCGCAAUCGCAAUCGCAAACGCAACAAACGGAAGCGCCGUCAGGUGGUGUAACGACCACGGCGAUAAUCUCGACGCCGGAUCGAGAACGAAGUCGGGAUCAAGACGGUUAAACGGAUGAACGUUGAACAGCCAAAGCGACUCAAACAAGGCGGCCUAACUGAGACUCGACAGUCGACAAUAACUCGGAGCUCGUCGAUCGACAAAAGGACGAUCGAAAAGCCGAUUUCUUCGGAUCAUUCCUCGCACAGUGGAACAUGAGCUGCGCAAACGGACGUAUAACUAGCUAAAUAUAGCGCAGCGCAUUUGCGGAAUGCUCACUUCUGAGCGUUCAAACAGUUCAAAUAAAACUUAUACCUAAUAAUAAUAGUAAUAAUAUUAAUAAUAAUAAUGAAUAUAAUAAUAAUAUUAAUAAUAAAAAGGACGCAGUGAGAUGUGU